AUGGUCAUGAUAAUCAACAAUAAAAUAAAGCCUCCGGGAGGGGAACUAAUCUGGUCGUGGUACUCGAGGGCAGAGCAACUAGAUUACUUGAAAGGGUUUCGCAAACCACUUGCAUUCGAGAAAGGAGAAACAGCAAAGGCCAAGGAUCCUAUGGAUAUAAUUGUUCUAUCGGAUAUUGAGGAUGAAAUUAACCUAGAAAAUGUCACUAUAGAAAAACCUUUGCCUCUAGUCUCUGUAAAACAAGAACCAAUAGAUGAUGAACCUGAAAAAUUACCUGUUCCUGAUAAAAACCUACCUGUGCCUGAUAAUGUCAACAUAAAGUCUGCCGUAGUAUAUGGUCCUCAUCAACUUGAACCUCCUGCUUCACUAUUCUCCAAACUCAAUCUGUUUAACAUCAUGGAUGAACACCGAAGAUCAACCUCUCUCACAAAUAGAUUGUCUAUUCCCUUGAACAUCCCUCAAAGCACAAAACCCUCACAAGACCCAAUCCUAUCAUUACCAUCAUCACAAACCACACAAGCAGAUAAUCCUGAACAGCAAAAUCCUCAAAUUUCUCUCCCCAUUGAGUCAGAAAACUCACACACUGAUGAAACCAUGUCUGAACCUCCAUCUGAACCAAAUCCAGAAAAAACCCCUGCAAACCCUAUUGAUGACUCUCCAUUAGACAUUGAGUUUGAAACAGGAAAUCCUCGAGAAAUACAGGUUGCAGAACAGACUGAUGAAGAAGACAAUCUGCCUUUGUCACAAGUGAAGAAGAACCAAGAAAAGGCUAAAGGAAAGAAGAAGAUCCAAGAAGACCAAGCUGACAAAAAUCCUAUGGCAAAGAUUCAAGUCUUCUCUGCCCCUGCCACAAGGCGAAAAACCAGAUCAUCCACAGCUCAACAGGAAAAGGAAACCUCCUCACCAGCUCGAAAAUCUAAGAGGAAACAACUAGUUGCUGAACAACCUGUCGCUCAGGAAACCCCUGCAAAUAAGAAAAGAAAGAAGACCAUUCAAGCUCAACAACCUGAAAGCCAGCCUGAUACCUCUGCCAUAGCACCUCCUGAAGUAAUCACUCCUCAAUUCUUAUAUGAUGAAUAUGCAGCAAGGUGGGACUCCAGAAACAAAAGAAAAAUUCUGAGUGAAAGGUACCUUGAUGUUGAAAAGUUCAAAUCCCAGUGCCAACUCAUGCCAGUUUUUGAGAAGAUAAAUCUUGUCAAGUCUGUGACAACUCAGAGAAGCUAUCCACCUAUUGCCAUAAAGGAGUUUUAUGCAAACCUUAUGACGACCAUCAAGGAGGCUGGCUCACAGGUUUAUGGAUGUGUCUGGCUGAGAGGAAAAGAAUACGAUUUUGACACUCGUACCAUCAAUCUGUAUCUGGGCAUUGAUGCAAGUGAUAUUGAGGAUCCUGUUAUUGGGGCAAAUACAAUCACAAAGGUCAUUACAGCAGGCACCUAUAGCUAUUGGCCUGCUGAAACCAAUAUGUUGCCUGCCAAAGCCUUGACAACCAAGUAUGCAAUUCUGCAUAAACUAGCCAUGACAAAUUGGAUGCCAAAUGAACACAGGGGAGGAUUAAACUUGCUCAUGGCCACCCUGAUCUACAAAAUCGGAAAAGGUAUUCCUGUUGACUUAGGCGAUAUAAUCUUCAAACAUGUGGCUUCUUUUAGGAAACCAGAGUCAAAAGAAAGCAAAGUGAAACUACCUUUCCCCUGCACAAUCUAUGGAGUACUGCGUACGCAAGGAUUCAAACCUGAGCCAAAUGAACCUAUGGAACCCCACAAUUCAGCCCCAGCCCUGAACCUUGAUGCACCAUUCACCAGCAAACUCACAUCCCAACACCUUGAUAAAAGCAUCAGAGAUCUUAACACGAUCAUACAGAUACUUGUUGAAAAGAGAACAAUUGAGAUGCAGUUGCGUGAACAAUUGAGAUUGAGAGACCAAGAAAUGACUGCUGCUCUUGCUGAAACACCUAUUGAUCCAACCACUGCACCUGAAGUUGAUUCCACUGCAAACAGCCAGGAGGAUGAGUCCUCAGAAUCUGAUUGA